UUUAACACUAGCCGUUAAAAUAGAAACAGAGUUUGUUUUCAGAGAAAUUGAAGGCCAUGGAUUCUUCUUCUGAAAUUGUUGGUGCAUCGAUUAUCGAAGCUGGUGCUAGUGGAGACCUUUACCAGCUUAAGGCAAUUAGAAACAAGUUUGCUGAUGAGUGGGAGUUCCGCAAGAUAUGCGAUCAAUAUAGCGAUUUCUCCACUGGUCGGAAUGUCUUGCAUCACGCGGUUGGAAUCGGACAUUUUGAUGUUUGUAAAUUCUUGAUAAAGACCGUCGGAGUUCAUAUUGAUGCAGUCACUUACAAGAGGGAUACUCCUCUGGCAAAAGCUGUCAAAGGGGACCAUGUCAAAAUUGUGGAGUUUCUCAUCAAACAUGGUGCUAAAAUUAGUCUUGCAAAUGUUGAGGGAUUCACUCCGUUGCACUAUGCAGCUCAAAAUGGCAAUAGGGAGCUUGUGGAUUUUUUGGUGAAGGAAGGUGCUUUAAUAGAAGCAGAUUCUGCAGAUGGAUCACCUUUACAAAUUGCUGUUUCUCAUGGAAAUGUGGAGACUGUCAAGGCUCUCUUGUCUCAUGGUGCAAAACCAAAUUUUUGUUGUGCAGUUGUGGACACCCCUCUUAUAUGUGCAGUCAAGUCUGGCUCAUUCGAAUGCAUGAGAUUGCUGCUUGAGGCUGGUGCGAACCCAAACGAUUAUUAUGCUGGAUUAAGUACUCUGGCAUCUGCUGUAAAAGAAGGCAACACAGAAUUUCUUAAGUAUUUGCUUAAAGCUAAAGCAGAUCCAAAUUCAUCUAACAAAGAUUUCUUUAAACCGAUUGAGAUUGCUGCUAUGGUGCAAAAUCGUGCAGCUGUGGAGAUUUUGUUUCCAGUGACUGAACAGCUUGCACAUUAUCCAACAAAUUGGACCGUCGAUGGCCUAAUGGAGGGCGUUCAUAUUGAAGGAUUUAAAACAAUGAUGGAUAAGAGAAUCACUCGCCGCUUGACUGCACUAGAUCUUGGAGGGUUGCGUGACGCGGGCAAUAAGGAUUUCUACCGUGCAAUCUAUCAGUAUAGAAUGGCUUCUUGCAUUGAUCCAUGUAAUGCCACAUGGGUAUCAAAUCGAAGCCUGUGGGAAGCGCGAGUGGGUAAAUGCGUGCAUUCUCUGAUAGAUGCUCAGAAAUGCAUUAGACUCAAGCCAGACCUCCCCGUCCCCGUUCCUCUAAACAAUGGUGCUGCAGCAAAUGAGAUAUUCAAGAAAUUCCUCUACGCAUGCCUUGCGUUCUUGUUGGAUCCUUACAAUGAGGCAAUGUGUGAUGCAUUUAGACUUAGUUUGUUUGAUUUCUUUGCUUGGUUGAUUCAGAUGAGCAGCCCAGAUGAGAUUUUGAGAUUUAGGUGAUGAUUUGCAUUGCAGAAUUUCCUCAUAUACAUUCAAAUAAAUGAUAACGUAAUACUCCUUUGAGCAAGUCAAAAUUGGAAGAAAAAAAUGUUGUGACGUUCAUGAAAAUUGAAUGAGUUGCUCAAAAUUGGAAGAUAUAAAAUGUUGUCACGUUCAUGAAAAUUGAAUGAGUUCCCUUUGAGUUAAUUAUUUUAUUGCAUGUAUCUCCAAAAAUCUUGUAAUAGUAGUAUGCAUAGAGACACGAAUCCUAUUUCUGCACACACAAUCGCUUAAUAAUUGUU